AUGCCCGGCUUACCCUCCUCCGUCGACCUCGACGAGUGCAUCGCGCGCUUGUACAAAAAGGAACUGCUAGCUGAGUCCGUCAUCGAAGCUAUAUGCGCAAAAACUAAAGAGCUAUUAAUGCGCGAGAGUAACGUUGUGCACGUGGCGGCCCCGAUAACAGUGGUGGGCGACAUACACGGACAGUUCUUCGACCUCAUCGAGAUUUUUCGCAUAGGCGGAUACUGCCCUGAUACAAAUUACCUCUUCUUGGGCCUCUCUCCUUCUAUACACUCCAUCGACCAGAUCAAGAUCAUCGACCGAUUUCGCGAGAUACCCCACGAGGGACCUAUGGCCGACCUGGUCUGGUCCGACCCAGAUCCCGAGCGAGACGAGUUCUCAUUAUCGCCACGCGGAGCAGGCUACACAUUUGGCGCGCAAGUGGUUAAGAAGUUUCUUGCUGUCAACGGAAUGGGCCAUAUCCUCCGAGCGCAUCAGCUUUGCCAAGAAGGCUUCCAAAUACUUUACGAUGAUCGAUUAAGCACCGUUUGGAGCGCACCCAACUACUGCUACCGCUGCGGCAACAUGGCUUCAGUGCUAGAAGUCGGCCUACAGGGCCAAAGAUUCUUCAACGUGUUCGCAGCGGCCCCAGAGAACGAUGCACACAAAGACCUGCAGCAAGCAGGCGAAAGAGCGGCCGACGGGAAUGCGCUACCCGACUAUUUUCUAUAG